AAAAAAGCUCAGGGGGAAUGCAUUUCUAUUCCUAUGAUUGGCCGAGUGUGUAGCUUACGUCGAGGUGGCUUAUGAUGAGGUAGAAACCAUAGCCGUGCUUUCUUUCUUUUUUGUUAUUAUUACAAUAUGGAUUUACCUGAUCGCAAAAGAAAAGCAGAAGACGAGCAAGUCGAAGAAAAUCCUUAUAAGCGUCCUCUUGUAAGGAAUGAGAACGAGACGUCAGAAUCUGCAGAAACCGCCGAGAUCAAGACAGAACCAUUACCAGAAGAACCAGCAGUAUCUUCUUCAGACGAUACCACUGUCAAACAAGAAUCAGUCGAGCAACAGCCUCAACAACCUCAACACACUCCAAAGCAAGAUAUAAACUACGUUACCAAUGUACCUUUUGAUCGUUUAAUCUUUUUUCAUUUGGAAGCUACUUGUGAUGAAAACCCUACUAAUCCAGCUGCUGUUCAAGUCACCAAAGAAAAUUCAGAAAUCAUUGAAAUGUCUUUUGUAGUUGUGGAUGGUGCUAACCUAGAAGUAUUACAUAAACAGCAAAUCUAUGUCAAACCUGAGCGCACUCCUUUGACUCCCUUUUGUAGUGAAGUCACCGGCAUCAAAUGGAGUAUGCUUGAAAACGCUGGUACAUUAAGCGAUGCUGUAACUCAACUUGACGAUUACAUUCAAAAGGAAAUUGAAGCCGAAAAGAAGAGCUUUUGUUUCGUCACACAUGGUGGUUGGGUGCUUCGUAUCCAACUUCCUCGUGAAGCAAGAGACAAGAACUUGACUUUACCCAACUAUUUGGCUUUUUGCCGUAUGUUUGAUUUAAAGCAAGAAAUUCAACGAUGGCAAGUGCACCACCCUGAAAUCAGCUUAAGAACAACUUCUUUACGCGAUUUAUGUGAGAUAUUCGAAUUAAAGCGUGUGACAGAUCAAACAGUAGGCUUAAAUGCUGUCUUGACAACAUUGGAAGUUGUGCGCCAUUUAACACGUUUCCACCAUGCUGAUGUGUUUGUACAUCCUAUUGAUACGAAUGCUGAUCUUAAGCAGUUUAAAAAAGAAGAAUCAAAAGUAAUUCACUUAGCAGGUCUACCAUUUGAAGUAACUCAGGGUGAAUUGGAAGCAUGGUUCUCUUCAAAUGGUCUUCGACCUACUACGAUGUGGAUGAUUCAGCCUACAGAUAAUUCAAAGCCCAGCAUUUCUGGAUUUGUUGUCUUUCAAUUGCAUGAUGAUGCUAUGCGUGCACUCACUCUGAAUGGCCGUUGCUUAGGUGAUCGUCCUGUUGAAGUCUGUCCUAGUUCUUCCCGUGUGAUUGAGGCUGCUGGUAACAUGCUUGUGCCAUUCCCUUUACAGGCUAAGAGUAGACAAUUGCGUCCUGGUGACUGGAAUUGCUUCAAUUGCUCCUUCCAUAACUUUGCUUCUCGUCUUUACUGCUUUAAAUGUAAUACCAAGAAUCCUAAUCCCGGUCCUCAAGCUGGACAAGGUCCUCCUGUCCAACCCUUUACGCGCGGGAUUGGAUGUGCCCUAAUCCUACAUAAAUGCGGUACACCCAAGCCCAUGAAUACCAAGAAACCCAUCAAAAUGACCAAGAUGGAUUCUGGUCAAUCCAUGGCUCAACAGCCUUACCAUAUGAGUAUGCAAAGCAAUGGUCCUCCCAGUGGCCCUUCUAAUGAUCCCAGCAGUGGUUAUCAUGGUGGCUAUAAUCCCAGUGGCCGUGUUCAUCAUCAUAUUUCUUUUAGACCUGGUGAUUGGUAUUGUCCCAACACAAACUGUGGUUUCCAGAAUUUUGCUUCACGUAGUAGCUGUUUCCGUUGUCAUACACCCAAUCCCAAUCUAUCACAACAAUCUCCACAUCAUCAGACUGGAAUACAAGCACAAGUACCAACACAACAUGCUCAAUACUCACCUCAUCAACCUGGUUAUGGGUAUUCUCCUGAUUCAAAUGCUAACUAUCAGACAAAUACAGGAUAUGUGGGUGGUAGUGUAGCUGGAGGAAAUAAUGGUGGCAACAGUAGUGGUGGUUAUGGGUAUGGUCAGCCUGGUGGUGGUUAUGGUGGACAGAAUAGUAGUUAUGUUGCUCCUGGAGGAGGCUAUGGGGGUGGAGGAAGCGGCGGUAGUGGGUAUUCUUAUAGCGGUGGAGGGUAUGCUUAUGGUGGGGCACAUCAAAGUGGACCUCCUGGUGGUACACCUGGAGCUACUCAGUUUAGAGCUGGUGAUUGGAUUUGUCCUACAUGUAGCUCUCAUAAUUUCGCUUCUAGAUUUCAUUGUCUUAAAUGUAGUACCAGCAAACCUUUUAAUUCAGCAGGAGGUCCUCCUCCUAUGCCUGGUGCUCCUUAUAAGCGUACGUAAAUAUUACUAGCAAUAAAAAGUAAUGAGUGUGUGUGUGUGUGUGUGUGCGUUUAGUUUGUACAUAUCAAUAUCCUGAUUAAUAAAAAUCCUUUGAUUUAAUUUGCGG